AUGUCUAAUUUUCUAGAUAUUCCGGAUUCGGAUGAUGAGUUGGACCAUGAAGUCUGUUUUGGGGGUUAUAGAGGUGAUAUUGUGGGCAUACGUUACUAUCGCGGGACUGUGAACAACAACGAAAUGGUGUCGCUCACACGUGAACCUCACAAUCCGUACGAUAGAAAUGCUGUUAGGGUGGAUAAUGUUUAUGGAAUUCAAGUGGGACACAUAAAGAGGGAGCUUGCUCGAGCACUAGCGGAUGUAAUGGAUAACAGACUGGUGCGAUUAGAAGGGUAGGUUUUGGCAAAGUUACCUUUACUUAUAUGUGAUAGAGUCGACGGUGUGUCGCUGGUUUCUUCAAAAUUUGUCACAUGUUUUAACACGUUAUUUUAUGUUAACUGUUGUUUAACCGUUUGUGGAACUUACGCCUUUAUGCAUUAAUAUUGAUUUACAUAUCUGCGCAUUUUAAAAUAUGAGCGAGUAGGAAGAGAGAAAUAAAGAAUUGCGUUGCAAAACUAGAUGCAAGGCGUACAUAGAACUGAUAUGAUGUAAUGUGAGAAUUUCUCUGGCCAGUUCCCAGGGGUAUUUAAAAAAGUUUGGUUUUAUAUUGGCACUUGAACAAAUUCCCCAGAAUGCCAGUAGCUACAACACUAGUAGUUUUUAAUACAGUAAGUGGCAGCUGACCCCAGGGGGAAGCUGCUGAUUGAGGGAUACCAUACACUACUAUCCCAAAGAAAAACAAAACAGUUAAUUCGUCCUGCAUUAUUUUUUGAAACUCUGAACUGAUUUUCUGAGUUCACGCCAUAUUUCUGUAGAAAAAUAAUCCUGGGCCCAGUUGUUUGAAGGAUGGCUAACAUCCACUGGAAAAGUCUGUGUCCGAUGGAAAACACCAUUGGUAUUGGUUUCCCGAGCACUUAUCUGGUAGAUAGAGAUUUAUGUGGCCCAUGUUGUUCAAGCUUUGGACAGUGCUAUCCACUGGAUAUUGUAGCCGCGAAAGCAGCGAUAUUUCCAUUGUCACUUUUCUCCGCCAACUCUUUUCUCAGUAUGUGAAACAAAAGCAACAAUAGGGGAAAAAAGGCAUCAAAGGCAUCUGAAAUGGUCAGCAGUCAGCAGGAAAGAUGGCAGUAAUUUUUCAGCUCCAUUAAUUUACAGUGAAUUUAGCUUAUUGAAGCUGCCUACAUUUGUGCUUUAGUAUUUGCUGACCUGUAAUUUAUGUCUAUUUAAUGCUGAAGUCAACUGGCUGCCUGGCCCCGCUAAAAAAGAUAAAGGCGCAUAAGAGCCAAAAGCCCAAACAGCCGGAGCUUAUCCCGGUUUCCUUAGUAUGAAGCAUGCUUAGGAGCAUUGCCCUUUUCCCCCCGUUGGGAUGCUAGUCCAUCGCAGGGUUACCCAAGGCUGUGCUCUAAGGGAAAAUAAAGGGAGCCCAGUGCUCUGAACCUGUAAAAUCUAGGUUGCCAGCAUAUGAUUUGUAUGAAAAAACUAAGAUUUACUAGUCACCUAAGAGCAAAAGUUGGGCCCCAGGGGCCACCGGUUUCUGCUAGAGCACAGCCCUGGUUACCCCAGUAGUAUAUUGCCGGUACCCAGUUAUACUUAUUUAUUCAUUAGAAUAUAAUCUUCGCCAAGAGGCCUGGAUCACUCACAGAGCAAUUUCCACUACGAGGUCCAGGAAAAAAAAAAAGGAAAUUAAUAAUACAACUUUAACAAGAAUGACAAUACUUUAGAAACAACAAAAAAAGAAACUGAAAUGUAAAAACAGAAUUGGGGAGGACGUCAAUAAAAAAAUCAAGAACGCAUACGAUCGAGCAUGCUUUUCAAUGGCCGACUAUUGUGGCAUUUAUUACACAAGCACUCUUAAAGGUCUGGGGGAUGUCAACAUCAUAAACAGACCUAGUGAGAUACAAGUAGUGAUUAAAAAGAUCUUUUUUUAAGUGCACUGCUGAACAGUAAAGUAUUCCCGAUUCUUGGGGCUCUACAGGGAAAACUGUUCUCAAAGGUGACAGUGUUGGCCCUAAUCGUAUUCAGCAGCGUACCCUUGGAGGAGACAGUAUAGUGCGCCUGGGUCUAGUAGAAUUCAUGACUGAAAUAAAAGGAUAUGAUAGACUAAAUGUGGUUAAAUGUAAUUUAGGCAAAGUUAACCUCGAAGCAAUGCUGGUCAGCAGUUUCCCCAACUAUACUAGGGGUGGCCGAUGCCUCUAGCAGGGGCACCUUGUGACAUAUAUUUGCAGUUGCUUGCUUGCAGUUCUUCGCAAAGUGUUGUUGCAAUAGCUUGCUGUUUGCGUACCUUUUUGUGCUUUGGUUUUAUCCCAUCCCUCCCUCCCUCUUGAGUUAUGGGCCUGGUAAGUAUUGGUCGUUAAGUAUUCCACUGAAUUUUUCAGAGUGACGGUGCCUGAUGUGGGCCGCUCGCAGGGUUGCCAUGGAUACCUCCUCCUCAUGCUAGAGCAUUGCCCAGCUCCACCAACUUUGUAGGCACUAUUGCCCAAGCUCAUCUGUUGGUGAUGAGUUUGACUAAACAUUUUGAUAUGUGCACCAAAUCUAAAAAUUCAUGCACCUGGCCACCUUGGUGAAACAAGACAAAAUGGAGUAAAAUUCCUUGUCUAAGGAAACAACACGACAGGCGAGGCUUGAACCCACUGCUAUCCCCUAUAGUUAUUCCAGGCAGGCAGUACUCUGAUAAUAAUUAUUUCACUUUUAAUAUUUUCAUUGUCUUCAUUAUUGUUGAGAAAGAGUGAGCAGUACAAAUAAAGAUUGAUGUUGCUCAUGCAGGCAAUAUAAACACAAGUUCUCUUUGUAAAGAAACAUUUUCAAAGAAAUUUGUUCCUGCACCACGUUGUCAUGGGGUUGCAGACUCUUGCCUUUAUUCCCUUUAAGGACUUUUUAGCCCCCAAAUUUUCUGCAAUAACAGGAGUUGACUAUAGUUUUACAACAAAUUAAUGAUUUUGUGAAAAUACACCAUUUGUAUUUUUAGGGUUGUUCCCUUUGGAAAAAACAACAUCUAUACCAUGCCUUGUGAUAUUACAUUUUGGGGCAGACCAGAAAAUGAACAAGAAGUUCUCCAAAGGAUGCGUCGGCAUGGCUACAUGUUACGAACUUUCAGGGAACCAAUUCCACCAAAAAAUGGAAUGUCAAGUGCUACCUCUGCUGCAAUGAUGAACAUUGGCAGACCACCUUCUAUUAAAAUUUCUCAUGAUCAGGUAGGUUUCCAGUGGAGUCAAUGUAUAAAAAUAUACUUUAGUGGUGUUGUGUAGCCCAUUUGCUUUAAAAAAAUUAUGUCAGACAUAACUGCUAACAUCUGGCAUUAAAAAGAAGUUUGACCGGGAGAUCAGAUGAACAUCAGACUUGAAUGGUUAUGUCUGAAAUGAAGAAUUGUGUAAUUGGGAUUUGUUCCAAACUUGGAAGGAUAAGGUUGAAGUCCGGAAUUCACCUUUUUGGGGGCUUAGAUUUGUUGUGGUCCUGUGUUUCUGUACACCAUUUUGCAACACCAAGGUUACGGUAGUUUAUGAUUACUUCAAUUAUAAAACUUAAAACAAAUUUUGUUGUAUCAGAUGACAAGAGAAUUGGACAAACUGUUUCAGAAGAUAGGAGAGAAUAGUAAAGUGGCUACUAUUGAACCAGCAGAGGUAAUUUAUUUAUUUUUUAUUUGUUGUGAUAAAGUUACCAUUGAAUUGAUGGGAAAGCUGAAAGAAUGGUGGUGAAGCUAUAUGGCAGUGGAAAAUAUUAUCAUUAAUAGUGGUCCAUCCGUAAUUUUUCCCUUGUAAAUUACAACAUGUUUUAGUGAAACUGUUGUCAGAAUGGAUUUGAAGUUCCUGUGGAUGGCUUCCUAUCUCUGAUAAUGCUAUGGAAUGCUUACAAAGUUGUCAGUGUAUAAGGAUUAUCCCCACGAGGGAUUUUCUGGGUAGAGACCAGCAACAUUUGGUACCGUAAAAUUCCGAAAAUAAGCCCCAGGGCUUAUAUUUUUCAAAGGCCCUUUUUGAGGGGCUAAAUUAUUUUUGGAGGGGCUUAUAUUCGGAGGGGCCUAUCUACGGAGGGAAAUUUGGGUUUCAAACUCGAUUGGGCUAACCUUGUAGUUGGAAGUAAAUUUACCGUGUUUGCUUUGUUUUACUUUAUAUUUGAGGGCAAUUUUCCAAGUACAAGCCCCCGGGGGGGCUUAUAUUUGGAGGGGCGCUUUAACUGAGGGUUUUUUGCAUUACUGGUUUGGGGGGCUUAUAUUUGGAGGGGCUUAUACAUGGAGGGGCUUAUUUUCGGAAUUUUAUGGUAAUUCAUUUGCAGGCUGCCCACUCCAGAUACAGAUACUCCUUCGUUCCUCUUGGGUGUCUACUUAUGGAAACUUUUACUGUUGUAUGUUAGUGAAACUUCAUCAAUGAUAAUCUUCUUUUCUGUUUAGGCUAUAAAAACCAAGCUGUUUCCACAUCAGAAAAGAGCUCUUGCUUGGAUGGUUGCUCGUGAAAACUGUAAAGAACUUCCACCUUUCUGGAAAGAAAGAAAGGCUGGUAAAGAGAUUCAGUACUUUAACACAGCCACAAACUUUGCAACAAGCAGUCGACCAAGCUGCUUACUUGGUGGAAUUCUUGCAGAUGACAUGGGUCUUGGAAAGACUCUGGAAGUUAUUUCUCUCAUUAUCACAAAUUUUUACAAUGGGAAGCCACUAGUUACUUUGGCAGAUAAGAAA